AUGUUCCGCAGGAGCUUUAAUCGCUUUUGUGCUGGAGAAGAGAAACGAGUUGGUACACGCACGGUGUUUGUUGGCAAUCAUCCAAUUUCAGUAACAGAAGAUUACAUUGCACAAAGGUUUUGUGAUAAUAGAAUAGUCUCAUCUAAGUAUACACUUUGGAAUUUUCUCCCAAAGAAUCUGUUUGAACAGUUUAGAAGAAUUGCAAAUUUUUAUUUUCUCAUAAUUUUCCUUGUACAGGUCACAGUAGAUACACCAACUAGCCCAGUUACAAGUGGACUUCCACUUUUCUUUGUUAUAACUGUUACAGCCAUCAAGCAGGGAUAUGAGGAUUGGCUGAGACACAGAGCUGAUAAUGAAGUCAAUAAGAGAAAUGUUUACAUUAUUGAAAAUGCAAAGCGAGUUAGAAAAGAGAGUGAAAAGAUCAAGGUUGGUGAUGUAGUAGAAGUACAAGCAGAUGAAACUUUUCCCUGUGAUCUAAUCCUUCUAUCAUCCUGCACUAGUGAUGGAACCUGUUAUGUUACUACAGCCAGUCUUGAUGGGGAAUCCAAUUGCAAGACACAUUAUGCAGUACGUGAUACCAUUGCACUAUGUACAGCUGAAUCCAUUGAUAACCUCCGAGCAGCGAUUGAAUGUGAACAGCCUCAACCUGACCUCUACAAGUUUGUUGGGCGAAUCAGUAUCUAUAGUAAUACUCUUGAGGCUGUUGCGAGGUCUUUGGGACCUGAAAAUCUCUUGUUGAAAGGAGCUACACUGAAAAAUACCAAGAAGAUAUAUGGAGUUGCUGUUUACACUGGGAUGGAAACCAAAAUGGCUUUGAACUACCAAGGGAAAUCUCAGAAACGUUCUGCUGUUGAAAAGUCCAUUAAUCUCUUCUUGAUUGUAUAUUUAUCUAUCUUACUGACCAAAGCUGCAACAUGCACUAUUCUAAAGUAUGUUUGGCAAAAUAUUCCAUAUAAUGAUGAACCUUGGUAUAACCAAAAAACCCAGAAGGAGCGGGAUACUUUGAAGGUUUUGAAAAUGUUCACCGAUUUCCUAUCAUUUAUGGUUCUGUUCAACUUUAUCAUUCCUGUCUCCAUGUAUGUCACAGUAGAAAUGCAGAAAUUCUUGGGCUCCUUCUUUAUUUCAUGGGAUAAGGACUUUUAUGAUGAAGAAAUUAAUGAAGGAGCCCUGGUUAACACAUCAGACCUUAAUGAAGAACUUGGUCAGGUGGACUAUGUAUUUACAGAUAAAACUGGAACACUCACUGAAAACAGCAUGGAAUUCAUUGAAUGUUGCAUAGAUGGGCACAAGUAUAAAGGUGUAACUCAGGAAACUGAUGGACUCUCUCAAACUGAUGGACCCUUAACAUAUUUUGAUAAAGCAGAUAAGAAUCGAGAAGAGCUCUUUCUGCGUGCCUUGUGUUUAUGCCAUACUGUAGAAAUUAAAGUAAAUGAUGCUGUUGAUGGAGCUACAGAAUCAGCUGAAUUAACCUAUGUGGCCUCUUCACCAGAUGAAAUAGCUUUGGUGAAAGGAGCUAAAAAGUAUGGGUUCACAUUUUUAGGAACUCAGAAUGGCCAUAUGAGAAUAGAGAACCAAAGACAAGAAAUAGAAGAGUAUGAACUUCUUCACACCUUAAACUUUGAUUCUGUCCGCCGUCGUAUGAGUGUUAUUGUGCAGAAUCAAGAAGGAAGCAUACUUCUCUUUUGUAAAGGCGCCGACUCAGCGAUUUUUCCCAGGGUGCAUAAUCAUGACAUUGAGUCAACCAAAGCCCAUGUGGAACGAACUUCAAUGGAUGGGUAUCGGACACUUUGUGUAGCCUUCAAAGAAAUUCCUCCAGAUGAUUAUAAAAGAAUUGACAGACAGCUUGUAGAGGCAAAAAUGGCCUUACACGAGAGAGAAGAAAAAUUGGAAAUGAUUUUUGAUGAUAUUGAGACAAACAUGAAUUUACUUGGAGCCACUGCAGUGGAAGACAAGCUACAAGAUCAAGCAGCUGAGACUAUUGAAGCUCUGCAUGCAGCUGGUCUGAAAGUCUGGGUGCUUACUGGGGAUAAGAUGGAGACGGCCAAAUCCACCUGCUAUGCCUGUCGCCUUUUCCAAACCAGCACUGAGCUCUUGGAACUGACCACAAAAACCAUUGAUGAAAGUGAAAGGAAAGAAGAUCGAUUACAUGAAUUGUUGAUAGAAUACCGUAAGAAGUUGCUGCAUGAAUUUCCUAAAAGUACUAGAAGCCUUAAAAAAGCAUGGACAGAACAACAGGAAUAUGGAUUAAUCAUCGAUGGCUCCACAUUAUCACUCAUAUUAAAUUCUAAUCAUGACUCCUGUCUUAACAAUUACAAAAGCAUUUUCGUACAGAUUUGUAUGAAGUGCACUGCAGUGCUCUGCUGCCGGAUGGCACCAUUGCAGAAAGCACAGAUUGUCAGAAUGGUGAAGAAUUUAAAAGGGAGCCCAAUAACACUGUCGAUAGGCGAUGGUGCCAAUGAUGUCAGUAUGAUCUUGGAGUCCCAUGUGGGAAUAGGUAUUAAAGGCAAAGAAGGUCGCCAAGCAUCCAGAAAUAGUGAUUAUUCUGUUCCAAAGUUUAAACAUUUAAAGAAACUGCUAUUGGGUCAUGGACAUCUAUAUUAUGUGAGAAUAUCACACCUCGUACAGUAUUUCUUCUAUAAGAACCUUUGUUUCAUUUUGCCACAAUUUUUGUACCAGUUCUUCUGUGGAUUCUCACAACAGCCACUGUAUGAUGCUGCUUACCUUACAAUGUACAAUAUCUGCUUCACAUCCUUGCCCAUCCUGGCCUACAGUCUACUGGAACAGCACAUCAACAUUGACACUCUGACCUCAGAUCCACGAUUGUAUAUGAAAAUUUCUGGCAAUGCCAUGCUGCAAUGGGGCCCCUUUUUAUAUUGGACAUUUCUGGCUGCAUUUGAAGGGACAGUAUUCUUCUUUGGGACUUAUUUUCUUUUUCAGAAUGCAUCCCUAGAAGAAAAUGCAAAGGUGUAUGGAAACUGGACUUUUGGAACCAUUGUUUUUACAAUCUUAGUAUUCACUGUAACUCUAAAGCUUGCCUUGGAUACUCGUUUCUGGACAUGGAUAAAUCAUUUUGUGAUUUGGGGUUCUUUAGCCUUUUAUGUAUUUUUCUCAUUCUUCUGGGGAGGAAUUAUUUGGCCUUUUCUCAAACAACAGAGAAUGUAUUUUGUAUUUGCUCAAAUGCUGUCUUCUAUAUCCACAUGGUUGGCCAUAGUUCUUCUAAUAAUUGUCAGCCUUUUCCCUGAGAUUCUCCUGAUAGUAUUAAAGAAUGUAAGAAGAAGAAGUGCCAGGAGAAAUCUGAGCUGUAAAAAGGCAUCUGACUCAUUAUCCGCCAGACCUUCAGUCAGACCUCUUCUUUUACGAACAUUCUCAGACGAAUCUAAUAUGUUGUAA